AAUAUAAAGCUGUACUUGCUGGAAUAUUAUCUGGCAGGAAUUAAAAGGAAGUAGGGAGUAAGUCCUAUGGAAAGAAAAAAAUUACUCUGGAUUUCAUUCAGUACUUGAUAGUUUGCCAACUGGAUAAUUUAAAUAAAAAUAACAUUUUUAUAUUAUAAUAAAAUAAACGAACAAAAUGGCUGGAUUGGGCCCGGUGAUACCUUCAGUGGCAGGAAACACUGCUCCAUUGCCAAUUACCUCAAUAUCUCUAGGAAGUACACAGAAAAAAAGUUGGAUCCGCAGAGUAGCUCCUUGCUUGGCAUUUCUAGCGGCCUUUUCUUCGGCAAUGGCUUUGCUACUGAUUUGGAGCGAAGCUGCAGCUCUCAGAAGACAAGCAUUCGACGCAAACAUGACAAAAGACUACGUACUCCAAAGUGUCUCGAUGGACAACCCUCAGCUGGUGGCAUACAUUCGGGAAGUCCAGUUUAAAAGAGCGACUCACCAGUUCAACUUCAACGUGUCUGAAACCGGGGAAGAAAAGUCGCUGGUAGCUCUUCUUCAAGGCAAACGCAACGGUGUUUAUCUUGAGUAUAUAAACCGGCCGGGUGCUGUGUUUACAACCUCCUGGCUCGAGUCCAAGUACGGCUGGCGUGGAGUUCUUGUUCUUACUGACUUCAGGUCCUUUUUUGAAACCUGCAAAAGCAGUAAAAAUCCAGCUACGCGUGUUAUUCACGCUUGUUUGAGUACUGACAAAGAUACCAAGGAGAUUACUUAUCAUCAAGAAUCAGAAGUUCGUGUAACAAAAUUAGGGGAGGGACCAAAUAGCAUUAUUUUCCCCGAUGAAGGUCUGCCGACUAUGAGACUAAAGUGCUUUCCAUUGUACAGCGUGCUACUUGCAUACAAUCACACAAAUAUUGAUUAUUUAAAUCUCGACAGUACUGAUAUAUCUGAUAUCCAGGUACUUGAUACUCUUCCAUGGGACAAAGUUCAGAUAAAUUUCUUAUCGAUUCGCUGGAGCGAUAAUCACACUAAAUCAGAAUUUGAAGAUCUUGUUAAUAAACUUAAAGUCAGGAAAUACAGGUUUCUUCAGCCAACCGACACUGGAAAAUUAAUAUUCAUGUACUCUAGAGUUAAAAUAUAAUUAUUAGCUAAUUAUUA